AUGGAAUCUGGAGCUCUUCUUUCCUUGAACUUUACAUUCAAACUGAUGGAUAGUUCUACUCCAUGGACAAAUGAGACAGACUGCUGCGAGUGGCAUGGCAUAAAAUGCGAUGAAAACAACAGCCAUGUACUGGGGAUAUCAGUUGGGAUAAUGGAGGGGUUACUAAUCGACGACGGAAUAAGAGGAGGAGUCAUAGCUGAUAGCCUGUGCAAACUUCCGUUUCUUACACGGCUAGACAUAUGGGACACUGCCGCAACAGGACAUCUUCCAAAGUCAAUCGGGAAUAUUUCAGCUCUUCAAGUGCUGGUAAUGAAUGACAAUCAGUUCAGCGGUGAAAUUCUUUCAGAAAUAGGCGAUCUGAAGCAGCUUCAGAUCUUAGACCUCUCGUCCAACAACUUGUCAGGCUCUAUUCCACACAACAUUGUAUUUUUAGAAGCAAUGGCUGUAGCAAGAGAGGAUGCCUAUGCGACGUACAGUGAAUUAAACUAUGGAGGCUAUGUAAUCAGGAAGUUUUUUUCUCUUGGUGGACUGGAUGUGACUUCGAAAGGAAAUAUUCCAUCAGAGCUUCAAUCUUUGAGCUAUUUGGGAUAUUUAAAUUUGUCCAACAACAAUCUUUCUGGAAAUAUACCGCAAGGAGGACAGAUGAUCACAUUUGAAAACACAUCAUAUUCUGGAAAUCAAUAUUUGCAAGGGUGCCCACUUCCAAGGAAUUGCUCUUGGCCGAAAUUUGCACCUCCUCCUCCCGUAAGUGCUGCUGAAAAUAAAGAUGAAAAGGAGACUGAGCAGAUUCCGUGGUAUCAAAUUGGAGUAGGAUGGUCAUAUGGAGCAGGUUUUCUGAUUGUUGUAGUGUUAUUGCUUUCAGUGAGGCAAGGAUUGGAUGGGAAGUUCCGGAAACUGAAUAGAUUAAACUCAACUUUGAUCAACUUUGAUGGGACAGUAAAAGGGAAUCCUGGGAAGGUGGGUAGUGCGGGUGUCCUAAGAAAUGGUAGUGCUCAACCUGUUAGCUUUCUGCUGCUGAUUGCGGUUAUACUUCCAAUAACAUGGAUGAAGCAUAGGGGCAUUCCUCUUGCUAUUUGCAAAGGCUGGAAGCGGUUAUGGGUAGAGGGAGACUCUAUGUUGUUAAUUGAUGCUAUUCAUGAUGGGAGAACUGGAAUGCCGGAUAAGAUUCGGUGGGAGAAUAUUUUUUAUGAAGCAAUUAACCUGUCGCGAGAAGAUAAUAAAGAGCAUCCUCUCGAUGCCAGGAGGGAUUGUGACUGUAGUGGCUGA